CUUCGAUAAGAGGCGAGUAGUCUGCCGUUGAAGUUGCCUGGGGCUAGAUUUUCCGGUGCGCGAACAGAAGGUCGCUUCGCGACGGUUUCGUUGGUUCGUCAGUCUAUGCGCGCAGUGCAGCCUGGUGCAACGUGCCCAAAGUGCAAGGUGCACAAGGUUCAAGGUUGCGCGACAAACCGCGAUCAACUGUUCCUUUCGAAGCUGACAAAACAUCGAGACAGCUUUUCGUUCCACAUUUUAUUUUCCUAAGGGUUUAAGCUUAUCGAGUACUACUGGCAGCGUAUCGUACUGGAAAUCGUUUCGCUUCGUUCGGCUUGUAAAUGUUUAGGCGUAGAACGUAGGAUUUCUCGCGUGUUUUUACCUCUUGUCAUACCGUAAGAUAUUCAACGCGCCGUAAUUACAUGAAUGUCACGCAACGACCAUUCCUUUUUCCCUCUUUUUAUUUUACAUAUCGUUCCGCGCGAAGGGAUGAAAAUAUAACUUGAAAUACAUCGGUUGAAAAAAAAGAAUGGGAAAUCGAAAUUCUAUCCUGCGAAGGAGAAUCAUGGGAAGCACAGCGGCCACCAGGGUGUAUUUUUCUUGUUGGAGGACGGUAACGGCACGCGACUCGGGUAGAUCGACCAUGUAACGAAUGGUAGUUUCUUCUUUUAUAAACUGUCGCAUAGUAAACCUCCUCGAGCUCCAUAAGUAUAACAUUUAUUUGUCCGCGUUCUCGCAUCUUCAACUGUUCUUUCUUCCAUCCCUCAAGUGAUAUCGAAUUCAUGUAAAGUCAACCAAGAAUUCUUAUUAAAUAAAAAAAAGAAAAAUGUCAUUCUCGAUUCGAAGGAAUUCACAGAAUAACUCGGAGAAUGAUGCAAGAGUCGUGAUCGUAGGUUGAAUUUUCCAUAAUUUCCCUAUCGACGGAGAGAGGGUGUAUAGAUAGAGACUUUUACCUAAACGAUUCCAUUUAAACGCGUUUUGUUUACAGAGCAUUAAUGCGAUACCUCUGUUCAAUUUGGUCGACAACGAAAGUAUCUGUUUGCACGAUUUCAUCCAUCUAUCGAACAAUAUUUUCGUUUCACUCGGGAAAUCACUCUCGUUAUCUUUCCUCGCUGGAGGAACGAUCGAACGUGUCGCGCUACCGUGUUUAACCCCUACAUUUUUAAACGCGAUAAUUGCACCGCAUUGGAUUCGUUUCAUCUCCGAUCUGAAGUCAAUCAAUACUCCCGUUCGAGGACAGUAAUAUUUGCGUUUCGAAUUCCUUCAAAAAUUCUGAUCAACCUUCUGAAUCGAAGGUUUCUACGAUUACCCAGAUCCUAUCUUUGUUAUUCAAUGUGAAUAGUUGCGCAGAACUUCGAGAACAUCUCCUCUGGAUACGGUAAUGCUGUAUGAAUAUUCAUUAAAACUUGAUAUCAACUUUGUUAAUCGCGUGCAUCGAAUAUACACAGCGGGUAAUUCAAUUGCGUUGCAUUGUCAGUCGUUGAGCGUUAAUAAUCUUCCAUCAGAAAUUUAAUAUUAUGCUUCAUAUCGAUGCCAUCGCGGCGCCGAUUCAGUUGAAAUUUCUCGGUUUUUAUCUCUUACGAUCAGAGAAGAGAGAAGGAAAGAGUAAACCGACCGCGUCGGAGGAAAAGCUUUGCGCAAAGAGAAUAACUGAAGAAUAGAAACAACAGAGCAGAGGGUGGAAACGUACGGAUGAAGUAAGAUGUAAAGAUGCGGAGGGGGGUGUCGACGGUCAUCCGGAUACAAUGUACUCGAAAUAGCUGGGAAUUCCAGCGAGGUACGUUACGACGGAAGGGGUACGGUUUGUGAUUCCUGUUCCCAACGGUGCGGUGGUGCAAGCUCCGUUCUCUCAUUGGUCCCACUGAUCCGUGACGUCACUACGCCGGCCUAUGUAUAAGGUGAAGCACACGGAGCGUCAGUUCAUCGUUGUCCGUCACGCCGCGCCGACCGGGUCUCAUCCUUUGAAUCACCCUCUGCUUUCCGCACCGAGCUACGUUUUUCGCCACAACCGAUCGAAUCGAUCGAACGAAUCGCCGGACAAUUUUACAUCGGACCGAAGCUGAAAAAGAAUGAUCAUCCAUUCGAUCGCUUUGCUGUUGGUAUCGAUUACUUUUGCGUGUGCCGAAGAAUCCGCGCCGAGUAAUGUCGCCGACAAACGUGGGUCCUCCAUGGGCUUUCAAGGAAUGCGCGGCAAAAAGGAGUUUGAUUCUUCGCUGUACGAUCAACUGUCGAAACGAGCACCGAUGGGGUUCCAGGGUAUGCGUGGAAAGAAAAACUCGAUAGUUGGAAACGAACUUCUUCCGGAGGGCACCAACAAACGGGCACCAAUGGGAUUCCAAGGCAUGAGAGGCAAAAAGAACGGUUUAAUGGGCGACUUGGAGGAUUCGUCGUUUCUGUACGACGAUUACGAGAAGAGAGCACCGAUGGGCUUCCAGGGUAUGAGAGGGAAAAAGUCAUCCCCGGAGGAUGGAUAUUACAAACGCGCCCCGAUGGGAUUUCAAGGAAUGAGAGGCAAAAAGUCUCUCGAUGAAAUUGUGGAGGAAAUUAGAAAAAGAACUAUCACGAGGUUCCCAGAUCCACGAGAAGAAUACUUGAUCGAUUAUCCAGAAGAUUUAGUUGAUAGAGGAACAUGGUCAACAGUGUAUCAAAGUAUUUGCGACAAGAACGAGGAUAUUGCAGGAGCCUCCGCGGGAUUUCAAGAAAGCAGGGGCAACAGAAUUAUUCUCGACGCGUUGGAAGAACUCGAGAAACGAACUGAUAUGGAUUUUCGCGGAUUGCGAGGUAAGAAGGAUCCGUUUGACAAUUACUUUGAUUACUCGAUCACUCCGUCCGAUUACGAGAAGAGGGCUGUGGAUCUGCAAGAUAGCGAAGGUAGCGAAUCCUUUAAAAGAGCCAGGAUCGGCUUUCACGGGAUGAGAGGUAAAAGAGACGCGGCACAAAUUUACGGAUCCAAUUCGAGCAACGCGAGAACGACGAUGGGAUAUCGUCAAGGUAUGAGUAAUCGUGGGAACGAACUGGCGGCGUAUGAAAUCGACAAACGAUCACCCUUCAGAUAUCUCGGAGUUCGAGGGAAAAAGAAUCCACGCUGGGAAUUUCGAGGGAAAUUCGUUGGGGUGAGAGGUAAAAAAUCCUCCUCCCCCUUACAAAACAUUGAACAGGGACAAGCCGUCUUUUAAUGUACCCCGAUAUCACAUCGAAAGGAUGCGAGUGGAUGAAGAUUCGUUGACGUCAUCAGAUGUUCGACGGUAGUAUCGUUGUUCCCGUUGCUAACAACCCUACCGACAACAAUAAUCACAACAAUAGCGUUAUCCUUCUUAUCCGAACGCGAUAAACGACCAAGUUAGGUACUAUAUGUGUAACAGCGGAAGAUAAUGUAAUGAUUUUAUUAUAGAUUUAUUUGGUACUAUCGUUCAGUUCCAUCGAUUCAUCGCAAAAACUUGUAUUUCUGCUUUUUCUUAAAUAUUUAUUUAUUUAUUUCUUUUAUGUAUAUGUUCAAAAGAUAAGAAGCUGUCAAAGUACUUACUAAAAGUUCCUCCUGGAAGCCCGUAUACAAAGUGGCCCAUAAUGUCGCUCAUUCGCUUAAUACAUAUUUAAUAUCGAGUAUCCAUUCAUAGCGACACAUCCUUCGAACAUCGAUCUUAAAUAUUUGGGAGAACGAUCUCACACUAACGAAUCGAUACGUGUUACGAACGAAUAAAUGGUAUCGCGAUACAUAGCAAUUCUAUUUUUCUCUGAAUGUUAAAUCGUUGAGAUGUAUACAUACAUGAAUCGUAUAAUUGUAUCACGAUUCCAAAGGGAAACGUAAUAUCGUGAAGCAUACGAGUAAUAUGUAUACCGUUUCGUAAUACUUGUCCUGUUUUAGGAGACAUUAUGGUUACAGAUUGAUUAUAAACGUGAUUAGUAAUCGUGAAUAGUUACCAAACGCAUCCGUGUAUAUUUGUCGAUUUUUAGGAUCUCUGUACAAUUUCCCUUUCCUGAGGACUGGACAACUGGAUAUAGAAUCGACGAACCCUUGUAUAGUUAAUAUUCUUUUAGGUUAAGAAAGGGCUCGCAAUAGUGCAAAAGUAUCUCUAUUAAUACAGAAAAAUCUAUAAAAUUGUCUUAUUUAAUAAUUUCAAACACACGCUCUCAAUGCCAUUCGAAGCCAUUUUUUUUCGUCGUAUUAAUUAAUUUUCUGUUACCCGUUGCCCGCAUUAUCGUAAAUCGAUAAUUUAUAAAAUGUAUAAUUACCGUUUUUUCGUAAAACAAGUUAUUCCCAGACUGAGAAAAUAUAAUGAAUGUUUCACAAUCCA